AUGCCAACUACCCGACGCCAGAAGGCCGUUCAGGAAGGAAAGAUCAAGGAAGAGAAGAAGAAGCCUACGGUCCCGAAGAAACGUCCCCGAACGAACAGUAAAGCCACACCCACCAAGAAGCAUGCUCAGGAGAAUGUGAAAACGGAGGAAGAGCCGCCCAAGAAGAAGAGAGCGACAGAGCAGGUUGCAGAGCUUGAGGAGGCUCGCAGAACUGCGUCUCCUCGUGCAAAGUCUGCCAAGCCAACGUCGAGGGCGGGCAGAACGAUUGAGCGAGGUCAUAUCUAUUUCUUCUACCGACCAAAAGUCCAGUUGGAAGAAGCUCAAUCGAUCGACGACGUCAAGAACUUUCAUAUCCUCCUUAUCCCUCGACCUCCUGUCUAUGCUUCGGAUGACUCAAACCAAGAAUCGGAAACCAAGGUCGACCCUAGCAUGACAGAGGAGGCUGAAAUGAAAGUUCUCUCUCCUGGGGCGGACGCCGUGCCUGCGCCUGUGACCAGACGGACGACCAAGCAAUUCCACCGGGUCAUAUCCAUUGGAAAGAAGAGGUUGCCUGACCCUGAAAAUGCAGGCUCAACCGGUCGUCGCAAGGAGACGUUCUGGGGGGUGGUAACGAGCGUCGGAGAUGAUUUGCAUGGUCUUGCUGAAGGUCUCGGGCCUAAAACCUACGAGACGAAAACAAGAGGCACCAGGCAUGACGCCGCGGCGCGUCUGGUCGCUAGGGGCGGAUAUGCGAUCGUGAAUUCGGAGGCGAGGACGCCUUCCCAGCGGGAGACGCACCUGGGAUACCAUGUCUCCCAUCCCUCCAAGACAGAGAUGGGGGAUGUCCAAGCGGAAUUGGGGAUUCACACCUCCUCGUCGUUCGUCUUGCAGGUCAAGAAUCCCUUGGCACCGAGCACGAAUCCCCAAAUGUCUCAUUCCAAGCAAGCCGAAUACCCAGAUUGGAUCAUGGAGAAGGUGUUUGGAACAGGGGGCUUGAGAGGCCGUGAAGACUAUGGAUUGAGGUUUGCGAGUUGCGAGACACCUGAGCUUCUGGAUGCCGUGGGCGCCCAGGUGCUCAUGAUUGCUGCCAGAGGAGGUGAGGAAGGACUUGAAAUAAGUCUUGGCGAUGGUCGUGGAGAAGCCCUCGCCGAAAGUGCGAAUGAGGAAUCCAAACGGGAGAUUGAUGAUGUGUUCAAGGAGAUUGGUCUUGAUACUGAUAUAUUUACGAAAGAGACUUUGGAAGGAGAGUGGGCUUGA